AUGAAGAUAACAGGGGUCGUUCUGCUCUUCGCUCUGGCACUUUGCUGCUUCUACUCAGAUGCUGCUGGAAAGGCUGGUACGGGUUUCUGCAGUGAGUACAAGAAGCCUCCAUCUGUCUGCACUGAGGAGUACAACCCUGUUUGUGGCACUGAUGGGAAAACAUACAGCAACAAAUGCUACUUUUGCAAAGAAGUCUAUGAAAAGCUUGGAAGUCUUUGCUUUGCGCGACAUGGAAAAUGCUGA